AUGGCGGUGAUGGUGAUGAUGCUGUCAAUGGCUGUGGUGGUGGUGAUAGUGGGUGAUGGUGGAGCUGAUAGUAGGGGAGGUAGUAGUGGUGGAGGUGGGGGUAAGGGUGGUGGUGGUGAAAGUAGGGGUGGUGGUUGGGGUGGUAGUGAGGGCGGCAGUGGGGUGGUAGUGGAGGUGGCAAUGGUGGUGCUGGGGGGUGGUGGCUGCGACGACGAUGACUAUGGGUGGUGGCGGCGGUGGUGA